GAAGAAAAAGAUGGCCUUUCUCUCUCUGCUCUCAGCUCAAGCCCCGACCGCGAGUGUGAGCUACUGAACUCGAGAGCGGCGGGGCGGGGAGGGGAGGGGAGGGGGGCCUUGAUCCGACAAAGUUAAUAGGAUGUCGGAACAACAGGAUAGUACUAGUAAAAGCUCUAGCUCAAGCAUCAGCAGCAGCACACAAGAGAGCGAGGAGGAGGUAACUAUCACUAUAGGUAGCCUCCUCGCCCAAGCAAAGAACAGCAGUGGGCAUAGUCUUGGAAGGCGCCUAUCUCAAUUAGGUUCAAUCCCGCACACUCCUCGAGUUAAUGGAAAAAUACCUAAUCUUGAUAAUGCAACCCUGGAUCAUGAAAGAUUGUCAGAAAGGUUGGGCAAUUAUGGUUUGGCUGAGUUUCAAAUAGAGGGUGAUGGAAAUUGUCAGUUCCGAGCUUUGGCAGACCAGAUAUUUCGCAACCCUGAUUAUCACAAACAUGUGAGAAAGUUAGUCAUGAAACAGCUAAAGGAAUUCAGAAAACAGUAUGAAGGCUAUGUACCUAUGGAAUAUAAAGUCUACUUGAAGAAAAUGAAAAGAUCUGGGGAAUGGGGGGAUCAUCUGACUUUACAAGCAGCUGCAGAUAGGUUUGGUGCCAAAAUUUGUUUGCUGACGUCAUUUAGAGACACCUGCCUAAUUGAGAUUGUCCCCAGGGAUGUGACUCCCACAAGGGAGCUUUGGCUAAGCUUCUGGUGUGAAGUGCACUACAAUUCCUUGUAUGCAACUGACGAUCUUCUGACUCGAAAAACCAAGAAGAAGCAUUGGCUGUUUUAGGGCAUCUCACCUUGAGCUUCCUUGAGCUGCUGCUGCUCUUUUCCCUUCAAGUUAGCAGCGUCUGUGAUGCUUACUAGUUACUACCAUGGCAAGUUGGCAACACAGCUGAUCACACUGCAAUUCCCUAACCUGAAGAAGAGCUUAUGUACAGUUAGCUUUAGUAUUUCGCAAGGAACAACAACUGGAACUGUACAACUUUCAGAUCCAUGAGCCUCGUUCUGCACGGCCAGAUGGCCCAGAUGUAGUGUAGUUCUGCUUUUUCAUAGCUUGUUAAUCUCUGAUCUAUCCAGAUGCUUUGUAAAAUCAUCAGGUGAGCUGGCUAGAUUUUUACCAUAUAUAAGCUUCAGUUCAAUUCUCUAAUUCCAAA